UCUUUGGGACGUUGCCGCGGGUGCAGACUUUAAGCUUGCAUGUCUGCCUCAAUUAAUUAUUACAUUGGAAAACACCUCGUGGCAUUAACAGGGACUAUGGGGCGUUCACACAUUUCACCAAACUCCGCGACAGCCAUUUUAAAAUUUUACAUGCCAUAGUAUUUUUGGUUGAUAGCAUCUCGAUAGCAAUGAAGCUAAUGCUGGUAGAUUAGCAGUUUUUUGCUAGGCCCGGACGGACGUCAGCGGAGGACAACCAUGAGACUUUUAAGGUUUCUGCGGAGCAGCGUUUCCAUAGGGAGAGACGUAGACUACUAUUCCAAAUUCUCGCCCUCUCCUUUGUCCAUGAAGCAAUUUCUGGAUUUUGGUUCAGAAAAUGCUUGUGAGAAAACGUCUUUCGCCUUCCUCAGGCAGGAGUUGCCUGUGAGGCUGGCAAACAUCAUGAAGGAGAUCAACUUGUUGCCAGAUAACUUAUUAAGAACGCCAUCCGUGCGCCUGGUACAGAGCUGGUAUAUUCAAAGUCUCCAGGAGAUCCUCGAGUUCAAAGACAAAAAUGCAGACGAUGAGAAAGUGACAUAUGAUUUCACAGAUGCGGUGAUCAAGAUCGUAAAUCGUCACAAUGACGUCAUUCCGACAAUGGCGCAGGGGCUGGUGGAGUACAAGGAGACGCACGGUACCGACCCGGUGGUGAGUCAGAACGUACAGUACUUCCUGGACCGGUUCUACAUGAGCAGGAUCUCCAUCCGUAUGCUGCUCAACCAGCACACGCUCCUCUUUGGUGGCAAGGUGAAAGUUAAUCCAGCUCACCCCAAACAAAUCGGCAGCAUUGACCCACACUGUCGAGUGAGUGAGGUUGUCAAAGAUGCCUAUGAAAAUGCAAGAAACCUUUGUGACAGAUAUUACAUGAACUCUCCGGAGCUUAUACUGGAGGAAUACAAUGUCAAAGAUAAGGAGAAACCCAUCACCAUGGUCUACGUCCCAUCACACUUGUACCACAUGGUCUUUGAAUUAUUCAAGAAUGCCAUGCGAGCCACCAUGGAGCUGUACGGAGACAGCACGGAUCAUCCUCCAAUUCGUGUUCAGGUCGGUUUGGGAACUGAAGAUCUGACAGUUAAGGUGAGCGAUCGCGGAGGCGGCGUUCCCUUGCGUAAGAUCGACAGGCUCUUCACUUACACGUACUCCACUGCUCCGCGACCGAGCCUCGACGGGUCCCGGGCUCCUCCUCUGGCCGGUUAUGGAUACGGCUUACCCAUCUCUCGACUUUACGCCCGCUACUUCCAAGGAGACCUGAAACUGUAUUCUCUGGAGGGCUACGGGACUGACGCGAUCAUCUACAUCCGGGCGCUGUCCACCGAGUCCAUCGAGAGGCUCCCGGUGUACAACAAGUCGGCGUGGAAACACUACAAGACGAUGCACGAGGCCGACGACUGGUGCGUCCCGAGCCGAGAGCCGAAGGAUAUGACGACGUUUCGGCGGUUCUAGAAGGGAGACCAAUGCCAUCCCAAGUGUCGUUGUCAGGUGUGCAUCUUUCCAAGUCUCUCUGUAGGCUAUUUCGAUAUGUGGGGUGUGAUCCAUUUCACGGAGGGCAUAUUUGAAAGUGGGUCGGUUUGGUUGUGGUGGUUACGCUCACGUUUAAAAAAAAAAAAAGCAAUUUUCCGAUUCAAUUCGGUGUUUGUGAAACUCCCUCACAUUAAGUCGAUGUUGAAAUGGCUUGGAAGCCUUUUGAGUAUUUAUUUGAUAUCGAGUCAGUGCCCAAACAGUUCAGUAUCACUGAUAUCAAAAUAAAGUAGUACACGGACCUCAAGCUGGAUCUCAAGGAUAUCGAACAAACACUCAAACCGGUUUUCCGUAAGUUUGUGUGUCAAAUGUGCAAUGUCAGAUUUUAGGAGUUACUGUCAUGGAAUACGAGAACAUGUUUUUAGGAUGUUUCUGUUUAAUUUUUUUUUAAUCUCAUAUGGGGACUAUUUUAGUGUUUUUAAAAUGCUGUGGUUACAUAUUUCGGGCAAAAAACAAAUCUCUUCAGCGUGUUACGAUGGUUACGUGUUUGCAGAGAUUCCCGUGAUGGUUACUCAUCACUGUAUGUUUUUGCGUUGCCCAUGUGUCACUUUUCCAUGGAAUAUGUUUUGUUUUCAUCAUUGGGUUACAAAAUGCUGAUAAAAAGCAUGUUUUUAAAUCACCGUUAUGGUCUUAGAAGAAGUCAUUUGCAUCUGCCGGUUUCGUAUUGUACAUUUGUUUCCCACCGAUUAAUCAGAGCAAUGUGUUUCAAUCGACAAUUUUACAUCUGUUCUCGUUCUGAGGUUGCCAACAAAACUUUAGAACCUAAAAAAAAGGGGGGCGGGGAAUGGGGGAAGAACAGUUCUCAAGUUUUGGUUAAAAAUAAACUUUAGUUUGAGCUGCUAUAAACAAAUGGGAUCCAUGAAUUUCCUUUUCAACGUCACUGGUAAUAAACUGCAGAUUCUCAUUCA